AUGGGCAAUAUUUUCUCCUUCUCACUCCAGACGCUGUACGGCAGCCUGACCUCAUACUUUGGCAACCGUGAAAGUCGCAUCACGAUCAUUGGCCUCGAUGCCGCUGGCAAGACCACGUUACUUUAUAAGAUCAAGUUGGGUGAGCGGAUCAACACCAUUCCGACUAUCGGUUUUAACGUCGAGACUUUUGAAUAUGAAAACAUUACAUUUACAGCUUGGGACAUUGGAGGCCAGGAAAAGAUUCGGUCGUUGUGGCAACAUUACAUCAGCAACAAUGAAGCCGUUAUUUUUGUUGUUGAUGCAGCGGAUCUUGAGCGGAUUGAUGAGGCCAAGCAGGCGCUGCACUUGAUCUUUGAGGCCGAAGAGCUUGCCAACUCGAAGCUUCUGAUUUAUGCUAAUAAGCAGGAUCAGCCUUGCGCUCUUACGGCCGAAGAACUUCGAGAAAGAAUGGAGCUGGCCGACUUGACCACUGACGCUACUUUUGUGCAGCCAUGUGUUGCAACUACCGGAGAUGGAAUCUACGAGGGUCUUGACUGGCUGGUUAAAGCCAUCACGGGCCAGCUGUCCACGUAG